AGUUGCACCAGGCAGUGCAAGACACAUAGUAUCCUGGCCUGAAGUUUCCCAAAUCAGGCUGACUAGGGGGCCUACUGCUUUCCAACUACCAGCUGAGGGGCUCCGCCCCGAGAAGGGAGAAGAAGCCGAAGAGGAACCAUGAACAUCUGUUUACUCCUAGCGAGCGGCAUUCUGUGUGCCUUGAUGAUUGUCUUCUGGAAAUAUCGCUUUCAGAGAAACACUGGUGAAAUGUCAUCAAUUUCUACUGCUUUUGCACUAACACGCUCUUCUACUGGGUUAAUUAACAGCAAUACAGACAACAAUCUUUCAUUCAACAACCUCUCUCGGGAUAUUUUAAAUAAUUUCCCACACUCGAUAGACAUGCAGAAGCUACUAUUGGUAAACCUCAAGAGGGUGGAAUACAAAAUGGCUGAACUGGAAUAUAUUCUAGUUAGCCACGGUUUGAGACGUGCAUCAGGUCACCGGAAAUCCACCUAAAAGCGUACAGGAUGUAAUGCCAGUGGUGCAAAUCAUUAAAGACACUUUGAGUAGA